GCAAAUCCUGUCUUCGCAGAAGCAGAUCCAUUGACGCGCUGCUGGUUGCGCAUUAAAAUUAAGUUGCAACUGCGAAGAAAGUGACUAUUUCCUGUGUAAUUCUUAAGUGUGUACCGAUGUGUGCUGUGCUGUGAACGAGUUUGACUCAAGUCCUUCCAUGUAAUCGUUCAUUCCUUAUUCGCUACAAUCGAUUCAAACAUGAUUACCAGACAACAAAACAAAAAGCGCACCGUCAAAGCAGAUGGAAAGGAAAAUCGAAAGCCUGUGGCUGGUAGAAAAGCUUCCAAUAUCGUCCCACCGGCGAAAAAGCCCGUGGUGAAGAAAGUACGGAACACUACCAUUGCCACAAGGAUCCAGAAACGUCAACAAGAACAACAACAAAGACGAUCACCGCGUGUUGCUUCUAGGAACGCGUCCUCGGUUGAAUCGCAAUUACAGUUUGUGCAUGUGACUACAACAGCUUCAAACAUCUUCAUCAAAGCAAGUUCCGGUCUGCGCAUGGUAAUGUCGUUACAACGUUACCAUGCUCUUAUAAACGCUAAACUGGACAACUUCUUGAAGGCUAUAAUGGAAGAAAAUUGGACACCAAACACUUUUGGGAGCUGGCCAUGUACCUGCAUGUACGAUGUUCUGGCGUUAAAACGUAUUCUCGUCCUAUGGAAAACUCAGCUGGAUGAAUUAGAAGACUGGUUGAAGCAAUGUUUGUACUCGCUGUGAACGAUGGGUAAUUAUACGUUGGAUUCUGUACAUAAUUUGGGACAAUUGAUUUAGUUUGAUGAGCACGAUGAGUUACCAUUGUUUGUUUCGUGCUUGUCAUAAUGUUCACCGUUUGAAUGAAAAAGUUACUACAGUAGACCCUGUUGCUAGGCUUAAUUAUUUGCUUGCCUGUCUUGUGACCCUUCAGCAGGCCAUUAUGAAAUAAUAUACCAUUUAAUGAACAACCGUCA